AUGAUGUUGACAUCCUUUAAUAAAACAAUUAAUGAUUUGAAUAAUGCUUGCCUUCAAAUUCUUGCUGGUCAAUCCGUACAAACUGAAAUGUGUACAGAACUAAAGAAUAUGGAAACUCAAAGACAAGAAGCAUUCCAAGAAUUCGACAAUAGCUUACAAGAUGGUCCACAGAAAACAUUAGUCGACCAAUUUAACCAAGGAGUAAUCAAAAAUAAUGAUAUGACAUUUGGGGAUAAAUGCACAAAAUUCUUUGAACUUUUGUCACAUCUAGACGAACCUACUAAAGCCUUACUUAUUAAGAAUAUGGCUAGCAAAUAUCAGGGACAUGGUAAUUUCAUAAGAAAUUUUCUGAAAAAUUUUUUUGAAGGAGGAACGCCUACAUAUGGUGGUUCUAAUGGAAUGAGUGGAGGUAUGCCUGGAAGUAUGUCUGGAGGUAUGUCUGGAAGUAUGUCUGGAGGUAUGCCUGGAAGUAUGUCUGGAGGUAUGCCUGGAAGUAUGUCUGGAACUCCAGGGGCAGGAGUCUUUAGUGGAGCUAUGGCACCAUCGAGUACUGGGGGUGCUGCAACAACAAGUGGUGGCAGCGUUAAUCCUUGCAGUAUAAUUGAAAAUUUUAUGGCAAAAACAGCCGCGUAUGUUGAGAGUCACCAAACAACUGGCCCUCCAUCGAGUUAAACAGGAAGUUGGAAAGAUGAAAUUUUGUUGAUAAUAAUGAUGAAAGAUAUACUGAUAUGCAUAAUUAAAAUGUGUGAAAUAAAAUAGUAGAGAAAAAUGUUGUAAAAACG